AUGAUGUAUGAUCAAGAAAUAUCAAUAGCAUUUUCUUUACCAAUUGUAUUAUAUAAUACAAUAUUUUGUGACAAUAAAUAUGAAUUAGCCGAUUUUGAUUUAGUGACUGAUGAAAAGAUCAAGAAAAACUACAAUGAAUAUAACAAAAAACUCGAGAAAUUUAGAGCGGAUAUGAAAAGAUAUAUGAUUACUAAAGAAAAGGAAGAUGCAAAAAAAUUUGUUAAAAUGUACCACGUGAAUUAUGGAUGGCUACCAGGGUUUGAUAAUUCACCGAGUGAGUAUCUCAGACGUAUAACCGAAAACAAGAGAACUUCAAUUCAAAAGUCAUGGAUGGAAUUUAGGCGUAAAAUGAAGUAUGUAAGAUAUUAUACAUAUGAUCCCAAGAAACCAGUGUAUCCGGAGAAGUCUAAUUUAUUUACAAGAAGAUCGAAUAAAUGUGAUCUCGCGAUUCCAGAAAAAACUUUCAAGAAAUUGGAAAGUAUCAUCGAAAACACAAAUAUUUACACGUACAGUAAAAAUAAAAUCAGUUCACAUAUUAAAUCCAAUAUGUUUGAGAAAACAAUAAAAAUAGAUAUUGAUGGUCUUAUUUUAACUUUGUAUGAAUUUAAUUUAAGUGAAAAUAUUUAUUAUAUUUCCCUUCCGGAAAAACAAUCUUGGGAAUAUAGAUGCGUGAAAUCAGUAUUUAAUCAUAGAAUGAUAUUUGAUGAACGGAAGAAAAAAAGAGAAAAUGUACGUAAUUUAAAUCCUGUGACGGAAGUUGCAAAGGAAAUGUUAGAUAAUAUGAUAACAACAGGUAAAGAUAUAUUAGGCGUGCAAUAUGAUGUCAGACUAAAUAAUGACCAUGAGGAAACUAGGAAAAAAGUUGCACGAAAGAAAAUGAAAGAGUUAACCAAAGCAAUCACAAAUUUGUUAAGAAAUACGGAAUCUACCGUUUUAACAAAUUUCAAGCGAUAUAUAUGCGAGGAAGACGUGUCAUACUUAAGAAAGGGAUAUACAAUGUUGAAUAUCGAAGAAGUUCUCAUUAAUGACGCAUUAUUCGUAACCAACGAAAGAAAUAACGAUGAUGAUAGUGUUGAUAUCGUGAUGUACAUUCAAAAGGGCAAAGAAGGAAAAAGAGGCGAAGCCAGAAAGGUUAUAAAUGAACAAGACGCAAUUGCUGAAACUCUUGAUAAUUACGAUAGAAUUGUGGUGAAAAUAUUUAAUGACAGUAAUGGAAAACUACCUGAUAGCGUAACGGCAGAAUUGAUGGAAAAACUUAGCAUUGUUGAAUUAUAUUCCAUAACUCAAAUACUUUUACUAUUAAAUCCUUUUAUAAACAUUUGCUAUUCAGAUUCUCAAAAUGAAGCAAGUGAUGAUUAUGUAUUGCCGGAAUCUCCAAAAGCACCUAAUGUUGAACCCGAUGAAGAUAAUGAAUUUAAGCCAGUAUUUGAGAGAUUAUCAAUACCUAAAAUGUAUGUAAAUUUAAUGAGUGAAUUAGGACAAAAGCUUGCAGCUCGAAUGAAAUCAUUUUUACAAAUCAACUUAAUUAAUAAAAAGAACAAAGGAAGCACUGAGCUACUAAAUACAUUAAAUGAUAUAGUUGAUAAAUUAACUUCCAUAUAUACUACUUCAAGUACUACAUCAUCUGAUGAAAUGAAAGAUAUUAUACGUAAAAUGGUAUAUUUGGUAUUUUCAAUUACAAAAAGAUGUGCUGCCAAUAAUUACGAAUCAAUCUUGGUGACUUUAUCUGAAUAUUAUGAUCGUGGGACCAUAAAUAAAAUAAAAGAUUAUAUUAGAAAUGAUCAAAAUACAGAUGUCGAUAAGGUUUUAACAAUGAUAUUGUUCUUAAUUGUAAAUACCUCGGAUCCCAAAGAAAUUAUUCACACUGCUUUAGAUCAUAAUAAUGCAUUCGAUGAAUUUGUGAACGCUAACCAUGAUUUAAUAUUAAAAUCAGAAUUUUUGUACAUAUCCUACGCAGUCAAUGAUGAAUUUAAAUUAAAUAACGGAAUAGAUUUAAGAAAUGUUGAUGAAGAAUUAAACGCUAGAUAUAAUAAUGAUGUGAUUAAAAAUAUAUCCGAUAAUUUUGGAAAUGACGGAAAAAUCAAUGGUGAAUAUGUUCCAAGAGUUUUAACGUUUAACGAAUCCGUAACUACUAACAGCCAACAACAGAAAGAAAAGGAACAAUUUGCAAUGCUUAAUGAAUAUAAUUUAGUUAGGAAUAUCCCCGUUGGUAAUGGUUUGUGUCAAAAAAGUAGUCCAUUUGUUAUAGGCAGAUUUAUCUUUGACAUUGAAGACAUACCUCGUGAUGCUAAUCAUAGUUGGGAAGAUAGUAGAAAUUAUAUGAUACAAUUAAUUUCAGUUCUGUCAUUCUAUAAUUAUCCUUUUUCCGAUAAUGAUUCUAUUUCCAAUAGAUGUUUAUUCGCCGAGAAAUUAUCUAAAGGAUUUGUUUUAACGAAUAAUACGGCAUCAUUGCAUGGUUUGAGUUAUCAUUGUUACUUGCCAGCAAUUUGUCAAUAUUCUGUAUUUAAGGAAUUUCUCUCAUUACGAUUCAUAAAUCACCUGAGAGGAGAUCCCGCGAUUGAGGAAGAUGAAGAGAUUAAUAAAAAAUUUAAUUAUACAGGCGGAUUAUUACCGGACGAAAACGUAUUUAAAUUCCUCGAUCCAUUGAUUUAUAUGGAUAAUCUAAUUAAUAUGAGAUUAAUGUACUACGGAAAGGGAUCUAUGAUUUUCGAUAAAAGAAUAGUAUCUAAGUAUGCCGUUAAUAGACAAACAUAUGUUAGUGCAGCAGAUUUACAUUAUGUUGCAUGUGAAGAUCAAACUAAGAAAAUUUUAUCAAAGUUACAUGAUUUUGUAUACUGUGAUACGGAGCGUGGAAAAAUAGGGUUGGGUAAUUCGAUGACAGAUGAAUUAUACAAUGAUUUGGUUGGUAAUACCGCUGGUCGUCAAAACCGUAUGAAAACUUUUGAUGAAGUCAUUAAUUUAUUUGGAGAAAUUGUUUUAUUACACUUAAGAGAUGAAACAAGCGAUAACAUUCAGAAUAUUAUUAAUCAAAUUAAAUCGUUGAUCCAGAGAGAAGUAUCCAGUAAAAGGUUAUAUGACAAAGCAAAUCUUGUGAAGAAAAGUACCACCAGAUUAUUGUAUAAUUUGAUUUAUAAUUAUGUAUCUGAUGCAUGUAAAACGGAUUAUGUCGAUGAACCGAGGUUGUUAGUUUCGUAUGCUGGAAACAAUUACCAUUCAUUUUAUAAAGUCGGAAAUGAUUUAACAAAUAUGAUGAAAUCGAAUGGUGACUUUUAUGACAAAGUAAGGAGAGCAGUAGGUCAAACAUUGAUAAAUAACAGAAAUGACGUAGAUAGAGUACAACUUCCUGUGUGGUGUGGUAGUAUUUCUCCGAAUGAUCAAAGUAGUAUAAUACUAGAUGACAACAAUAUUAAUAAAUCAAAGACAUAUUUUAACGACGAGGAAAUUGUAGAACCGUUGAAGAGCGCCCUCAUAGAUGGAAUAGUAGACAAAACGAUUUCUGAUUCGGAGUUGUUGAAAUCAUUAGAAAAACAUGUUGAAAAGGUGUUACCAAUAAUCGAAAGAAAUGUAGACGCAGCAUUCGAUAGACAAUGA